AUGCUUCGAGAACUAAUAAACGCUGUUCUCUGCGCGCCGACGGGGCUCACAGACGUCUUGGCCGCGCCCGAGGGAGGAGUGCCCGCGUCGCCUAGCGGCGCCAACCUCAGCGCCGGCGACGGCAGCGAGGUGGUGGGCGGGCCGCGGACGCCGCAGCAGAUCGCCGCGCAGAAGCGCUUGCAGCAGACGCAGGCCCAGGUGGACGAGGUUGUUGACAUCAUGAAGACUAAUGUGGAGAAGGUGCUAGAAAGAGAUCAGAAACUCUCCGAACUGGAUGAUCGAGCAGAUGCACUUCAACAGGGUGCAUCACAAUUUGAGCAACAAGCUGGCAAACUGAAGAGGAAAUUUUGGUUGCAAAACUUGAAGAUGAUGAUCAUAAUGGGAGUGAUUGGCCUUGUUGUACUAGCCAUUAUAGUAGCCAAAUUCAUGCCUCAGUCGCCAACUCCACCAGCCUACCAACCACAACCACAACCACAACCACAAGCUUUGCCUCCCCCGACACCCCCACCAGAUGGCCAGACUCAUUAAGUCUCCAUUCACAUCUAUAGUCUAUUAUUUAUUUUUCAGUGUCAAUAGAUAAUAAGUCAAUUUAUUUUAUCUUACAUCAUUUGAGUUGUUCUUGUUUGGUACUAAACAUGAAAAAGAUAUCAUCUAUCUCACAUUAACAAAACUCUGUUAGCACUCAUAGUUGAAAUGGGUAUAUUACUGAAGAACAACUUUCCAUAUUUUUGUUUUUUGUUACGGUGCUUACCAGGGCCGCAUUAUAGGAUACUGGCACUCUCCACUGCUUGAGCAUAACAUAUAGGAACUGAAGGAUAUCAAAAUCACUGCCUAAGAACAGAAUUGCAAUUUACUAUGUUUGUGGGGCAACAUUUCUAUUAUGGUAUUGUUUCUUGUUGUAAUUGAACUUGCUAAAUAAUAAGCCUAGGAAACAUAUGAUAAUAAAUAUUAGAUAUAUCACCACCUCUUUGAGUGCAAUUAAACACAUUAUUCAAGUGUUAAUAUAGAUGCAACAAUGUAAAUAUUUUUAAUAGAAUAUUAUGCAAUCACUAUAUACUGUCCAUGCAAUAUUUUACAAGUUAACACUUAAUUCUGUCACACUUUUUUCAGGUGAAAAUUGUGUCAGUUAAUUUGAAACAUCCCAAAAAUGCGGCUCUGAGAAUAUAAUUUACAUUAUUUUACACUGUCUUGAAAAUAUUAAAUUAUAUAUAUUAUACAUAUAAUUGUGAAAAAAUUGUAUUGUAAAUAACCACUGUACAGAUAGUAACUCAAUUCUGAUAUGAUAAUGGUAAUUAAUGGCAUAUUGCAGAGCCUGUCCUAUAAAUAUAUGAAUUCCUCCACUUCAUUUAUGUGUGUCAACAAUGCUAGAAUUUCAUCUAAUGACAAUUAUUUUAAACAGAAAGACUGUGUAGUAAAUUGUUUCUAUGAGAGCUCAGGAUUAAUGGAAAUAGCGAUAACAUUUAUCAAACUUCUUGGACAAUUUCAGCAUGUGAUGAUUUAAAAAAUGUAUCAUUAUUUACAUGUAAAACACAUAUUUGAAUUCCUAGAACUGAAUGUAAAUAUUAAAUGUUAAUAUAUUUUCUCACUUCUUUAAAAUAUGAUCAAGACAGUGUACCAAUGAAAGAUCUAUGAAAAAUCUACGUUAAUUACUUUCUUGAUUUUUUAUGAAUCUCUUCAGAAGGAAACUGUGGUCAAAACCUUCAUGAAUUUACUGUCACUGUUGUCAAGACUGUCACUCAUCUAUCAAGGAUUAUCACUUAGUGUACAGUUUAAACUGUGAACAGUAAAAUGGUAUGUUGUUGGCAUAGAAUAAUUUUUCCAAACCAAUUCUGCCAAGACUAUUACGUCUUAUUUCCAGUCAUUAUCAUGAUAAUGAUCAUGAUCAUUAACAUCAUUACCAUCAAUAUUAUUUAGAUGGCAGGCAUGAAGGAAAGUAAAGCAUCAGUAUCCAAUCAGAACACACAUUUGACUAGCAAUUUUUUAAAGCAUCGUUUGUCAUAUAUAAUGUAUAUACGAGAGUAUAGUGCUGUACACACAUUUCUCUAGUGUACAUAACCUAGAGUUAUUCAGUGCAUAAUGAUCAUAUUCCUCAAACAAGUAACAAUGAUUAACCUCUAUACAGACUGGCUUCUGUGAUCCAACAUUCUUGUGUGAGCAAGGUACUGGCUAUAUUUAUGCUUUCCCUUUAGAACGCAUUCUUUCACUCGCUCAUUAAUAGAAAUGAACAACAUUAUGAAGAGAGGAUAGUCAUAAACAAUAAUCUAUAAAUUGUUAUAAGAUCUGAAGUUUUGAAUAAUGCAUUGUUCAUAAUUCAUGUUUAAUGUGAGUACAGUAAAUAGCAACAAACGUGAAAAUUGGUGGAUGUUAUGUGCCAGAUGCACUGAUUUACUUUGCUUGAAUUUCAAGAAAAUCACAAUGUUUUCAAUUACUUUAUUGCUCAUGUUCAAACUAAAUGUACAAGUCUUGUUUCCUGAAAAUUGUCAAUAAUAAAAUUAAUAUUUCUCUCCCACAUUUCACAUAUACUUUUAUAGUUUUUAGAUGAUAAAUACAUCAAAUCAAUUUUUUUCUUGCAGAAAUUAGCCAAGUAAAUGAAAAAUAUGUUAUAAAUUAAUAUCAUUACCCAUCUACAAAAUCUACAACUAUUGAAAAUAAUAUAUUGUAAUGAAAUCCUUAAUUUGUGACAGUUUUGUGGACUUUUGCAAUUUAUUGAACAUGAUCAUUUUUUCCAAACUCUAAAUAAAAAAAGGAAUUUUUGUUUGCAAUGACUUUUGCUUCUUUAAGAGGCAUCAGUUCUGAUAUAAUAGAAAUUUCAAUACCUAAUUUGAGUAUGAGGUAAAAAUUAUGAAAAGAUUACAUAUACUGCAUUGAUUUUUAAAAUUUAUUAUUUAGAUAUUGUGAUAUUCUUCAAAUUCAAGUUCACAAAUGCUGUAGUAUUUCCCUGUAUUUUACCUUAAAUGUGUCAUGUAAUUCAUGGUUAAACAAAUACAAUGUAUUGCUCUUCCAAAAGUGAAAACUGAAAUUGACACAGUUUAACAAUGGCCACACAUGUCAUUGAUGUUGAACAAGCUUGACAGAAAGGCAUUCAAAAUGAAUUCAGUCAUUACAUAUGUGGAAGAUAAUAAAAACUAGCAAUAGAAAUGCUGUUAUUUUACUUUCCAACUAGAGAUUUCUGUACAGACGAGAGUUACUUGGAUGAAAAGGAAGAUGUGAUUUCUGCUUUCAUGAUUGCAUAAUGUAGAGCAAAAUUUAUUGACUAUAUCUUUUCAUUCAUAAACUUAAAAAAAAUUCAUUUAAAUCUGUGUAUUGAUUUAGAAAAA